CUCCUCCGGCGCGGCGCUGAUUCUUCGUUAGCUCCUGGCUCUCUCCUCCGGCGGCGCUACUCUAGUUCUUCCUUGGCUCCAGGCUCUCCGGCAGUCACAGUCACAGAUUGAGAGGAAUUCAAUGGGUUCAGGAGCUGAAAAUCUUGAAGAGAAGUUGACAUCUUUGCUUGGUCAGCUCCAAUUUGAAAUUGGUAUUUUCCAAAGAAUGGUUUACAAAAACAAGAACCAGCAUAGGCGCUCCUCAUAUUUCCAAUAUUUAUUGAAGGUAAGGAGGGAUUUGAGGCUUCUGAGAUCUGCUAAGCUGGAAGAGGUUCUGAGUUCUUGCUUCCAAGUUAUUACUGGAAAGAGACCUAAACAAAAGGUUCAUCUUUUAGAAAGUUUGAAGAGGAGGAAACUUGAAGUUGGAAAAUAUACUUUCUUGGAGCGUCUAUUAGGAGCAGCACGGCUCCUUUCUCAGAUGGUUGAGCCAAUGCUAAAGGCAGCUUCUGGGAUAUCUGUCUUGCUUGCUCGAUCAUUUUUCAUGGGAUUCGCUCUGACAAUUUUGGCUGUGCUCUCACGAAUGCGAGUUUUGGUCCAACAGAUACUAGUUGACGUUGUUUCGGUAUUCAACACUGUUUCUUCUCUCUCCCUAAAGAAGCAAUCUGUAAAGAUAACUCAUGAUGGCAUUGGGGUCUUCAGGGAGUUUUUCCCUACAAACAUGGACUUUAUCACCUUGGAAUGUGUUUGGGAAUCAGACAAGUUUGUGUUACAUGAAAGGAUGCAUAAGAGUAAGAUUGAAAGUCAUGACUCAGAGCUCGAAGGAGGAGCUUCUAUACCAGCAUCAUCAGUACUAUAUCAAUGUGUCGAGUCUUUUCUUGGAGUUGAUGAACUACCUUCCGGGGGUGCAAACGAGGACCAAACGGCCAAAAAGGGCCCGAAACACGUCGAGGAAGACGCGGUGGAAACUGAUGAUGGAAAGCUGCAGGUUGAGGAUAGUCUAAAAUUCCCUCAAGGCGGUUUGCUUUCAUGCUCAAGCUCUUCUCCAAAUACUCCAAAACUAAAGUCUGCUUCAAAAAAAGUAGCCUUUGUUGCAGUUAAAAAUUCUGUGCCAUCAACAAUAAAUGCAAUGGGAAUUCAUUUAAAGGAAACUGAAAGCAAGAGUGGUGAAAAGGAAGAGUCGUUCUUUAGCUUGCUCUCUGCCGGAAGUACCAAAGAAAGCUUAUUUUGAAAUUGAUUACAUUUCAAUUAAUUU